UUUCCUCCUCUAAAACCGACCGGCCGAAGCCGCCGGUGCGCUGAAGCCGCUGCCCCGGACAAGCGGGCGGAGGAGGACUUUGAUGGGGAAACGCUUUUUCUCCCCUGAUGCAUCGUAAGUAACUUAAGUUGAUAUUUAUACUCCGCAAACAAACACGACAGUAUAACAUCUCCCAUCUCUGGAGCGCUGGAGGCCGCGGCGAGGGAUGAGAUCUGCCUUUGCCCAUUCGAGCAGGACACUUUUUCGCUCGUAAUUAAUUUUAUUUGAUUUUGAUUUUUUAAUUUUUCCAUGCUCCGCUCCCGAAGGGUCAUUUGAACUGUAAAGAAAUCGCCGAGGGGGCGAGGGGACCUUGACAGAGAGGCUAUCCAAACGGCUCCGCCGAGGCUCCUCCGCCCCCUCCAAGAUGAUGCUUAGCCCGGACCAAGCUGCCGACUCCGACCACCCCUCCUCGGCGCCCUCCGACCCGGAGUCCCUGGGCGGCGCGGACGCCCAGGCGCUCAGCUGCUGCGUCUCCGACCCGGAGCCCGCCGAGGGCGGCGGCGGCGAGGGCCGGGGCGGCGGCGGCGGCGGCGGGGAGGGUCGCGGCGGGGGCCGGCCCGGGCUGCACCCGCCGCCGCUGAGCCGCGAGGAGAAGCGCCGGCGGCGCCGCGCCACGGCCAAGUACCGCUCGGCGCACGCCACGCGUGAGCGGAUCCGCGUGGAGGCCUUCAACCUGGCCUUCGCCGAGCUGCGCAAGCUGCUGCCCACCCUGCCCCCCGACAAGAAGCUCUCCAAGAUCGAGAUCCUGCGCCUCGCCAUCUGCUACAUCUCCUAUCUCAACCACGUGCUGGACGUGUAG